AUGACCCCCAGUGACCCGUUCGCCGGCAGAGCAAUGGCAGCAGCCCAGCCAACUCCCAAGAACAUCCUCCGCGGACACAGGGCUCAGGUGCAUGUGGCGACCUUUAUCAGAGGCAAUGAGCGACUCGUCAUAGGUGACGCUGACGGAUACAUUACCGUCUGGGAUCUCGCCGUCAUGCGUCCGACCGCCGUUUGGCAAGCCCAUGCCAAGGCGAUGCUAGGAAUCCAGGGAUGGGGGCCGGACAAGAUCAUAACCCAUGGGCGCGACAACAAACUCAUAGUCUGGAAGCUCGCCACGGCGGAUGAGGCGGGCCUAAGCAAGGCUUUGCCGGUGGAAGACCUUCCGGUGCCGCGACAGCAGCCCUGGGUGCUACACCAGCUCGAGGUCAACACGAUGAAUUUUUGUUCCUUUUCUGCCUGUGCGCGUCGGAGUCACCAUGAUGACACCUGCGAUCUCGGCGACUCGCCGGACAUUCUCGUGGCCGUGCCAAACACGCUCCUCUCCGAGGCCGUUGACAUCUAUUCGCUUCCGAGUCAGUCUCGCAUUCACACCGUGAAGCCCAGGACCCAGAAUGGCAUGGCCAUGUGCCUACGACUUUUCCAUCAUGACCGUUGCCUGACGCUUCUCGCGGCCUUUGAGAAUGGCUGUGCCACCGUCCAACGUCUCGAGAGCUCCGGCGCAUGGAUCACGACAUACCGUACAGAGGCACACUCCCAACCCGUCCUGUCCCUGGACCUUGACCCGGGCCGUGCAUAUUUCCUCACGUCGUCGGCUGAUUCGAUGAUCGCGAAGCACCCUAUUCCCACGGCGCUUCAGGCCGUCGCGUGCCUACCUGACGAUGAUGGUGUCGUGGCCAUGGAUCUAGAGCGAAGAUCACUCCUGUCAGAAGCCGCAAAUAGCUCGGCAAAGGUGCCGUCGCCACCCGAGCGCCGGGAGGAAUGGAAGCACCCUCUGAAGACGGUCAACACGAAACAUGCCGGGCAACAGAGCCUGAUGAUCCGCUCCGACGGCAAGAUAUUUGCCACUGCAGGCUGGGAUGCGAACAUUCGAGUCUACUCCUGCAAGACGCUGAGAGAGCUGGCUGUGCUCCAGUGGCACAAGGUCGGCGCCUAUGCCGUUGCCCUCGCCAGCGUUGGAACACCAUCCGCCGCGGCUGCUUCGGAUUCGGGCACGAGACCCCUGUCCUGCAAAGACUCCUCGAGCACCGCUCUGCUCGGAGUCAAGGACCGCAGGAUCCGCCAAGCGACCAAGGCCCAUUGGAUCGCCGCGGGUGCCAAGGAUGGCAAGGUCAGCUUGUGGGACGUAUACUGA